GUUAGAUUUUACGAUUCGUCCGUGUUCUUCGCUCGUAGCACGGUCCGCUUCAAAUUCCCUUGGUCCGGAAGGCGUAUGAGCGCAACAGAGGAAGAGCACUGAAUUGAUAGAAAAUAACAACAUCCGAAAGUCGGCGCCGUUUCCAGUGGCGGCGAAUCAAAGCAGCAGGUGAACGGCAGCGCGUUAAAGACCGUUGUGUGUGUGGCUGGUGAGAGUCCUCUAAAUACGCGAAGUUCUCGCGUGAUGUGAUUGUGACCAAUUGUGUGUGCAUAGAUAGAAGUCCCUAUUUGUUCCGUAAAAGGUUUUUCAAUCUUAGUCGAAAACCCAAUUGUAUGAAUCGAGUGAAUUGGUGCUAUCCACUAUCGGAGUGUGUUGCAAACUGCGCUCUGCUCCACGCCCCGCUUCUUCUUCACCUAUAGUGCGAGAAACAAUAGCAACGGAGAAUACAUCCGCCGUCUGAUUUCCUCGCGAACAUUGGUUUGCCUUUGCGAAUAGCAGAACAAUGACGGAGUACAAACUAGUAGUAGUAGGCGCCGGAGGUGUAGGCAAGUCCGCCUUGACCAUUCAGCUUAUUCAGAAUCACUUCGUGGAUGAAUACGACCCGACGAUUGAGGAUUCCUACCGGAAGCAAGUAGUUAUAGAUGGCGAAACUUGUUUACUCGACAUUCUGGACACGGCCGGUCAAGAGGAGUAUUCGGCGAUGCGCGAUCAGUAUAUGCGAACGGGCGAAGGAUUUCUGCUAGUAUUUGCUGUUAAUAGUGCCAAAAGUUUCGAAGACAUAGGAACGUACCGAGAACAAAUCAAGCGCGUUAAGGAUGCCGAAGAGGUGCCGAUGGUGCUGGUUGGCAACAAAUGCGAUCUGCAAGCAUGGGCAGUGGAUAUGAAUCAAGCAAGAGAUGUGGCGAAACAGUAUGGCGUUCCAUUCGUAGAGACCUCGGCAAAAACACGAAUGGGUGUAGAUGAUGCCUUCUACACACUGGUGCGCGAAAUUCGUAAGGACAAAGAAAGAGGGAAAAAGAAUCGGAAGCACCAUAAGCUGGUCUCGAGCAGGAGGUUCAAGUGUCAGUUACUAUAAAACUGGCUUUCGACUGACC